UGGCGGAAGUAUCCCGAUUCUGUACGUUUUUUUUCUCUCCCCGAAACAAAAAUAAUAUUCACAUUUAAACGCCGCUACAAUUUUGUUUCAAGUGAUCUUUCUUAUGUGGGGUUAAUUGGAAUGAUUUCUUUUAAAAUUAGAGACAACGUGGCGGCGUGCACGCUGUCGCUCAUAAACUCAUGAAUACCGCGGUGCACACCUGCAGUUGGGCAAAGUCCAAAUUACUAGCCUCGCUGCCUGGUUCAAUUAUGAAUUUUGCCUGAGUAACAACAUGUUUACCUGUCUUGCUGUAAUGUUACAAUUCGAUGAAGGGUGACAACAAGAGAAUACAGUUCUUAAUUUUAUGGUUUAAAAAUACCGAGGAAGUGCCCGCAUUCACCAAGAAGAUUACGUUAGGGUUAUGUAAUUCUUGGUGUGAAACUUCAGAAACACUCCAGUGUGGUAAUAAACAACUCACAUUUUUUAAUGAUUAAUUCAGUGGGAUGUUAUCAUUUUUAAUGAUCAAUUCAGUGGGAUGUCUAAGUGUUGGGAGAAGAACUGAGGGAUAUUAUUGGGAACACUCACCACACAACUUCUUCUCUGCCAAUUUGACAAAAUUGAGGCAGAACCAGGAAAGGGGAAAAAAGAAAGCCAGACAGCAGCAGGAUUUUCAACAAUUUUUCAGCCCACAUCAUCAAACUGGAUGGAGACUGGAGAAUUAUUACACCGGGAAAAAUGAGUUCCUGACGAGUUGCCUGAUUGAAGACAAGCUGCCACAGUCAUGGAUGAGGAGCUGUCACCUUUGGACUGCUUGCUGCCCUCAGGCAAACAGAGGAUCGCUCUGAUCAUCCUGAACCAGCCUUUGGAUAAGGACUACCUUCACAUUCUGUGGAGUAAAGCUCUUUUGACAGCAUGUGCUGAUGGUGCUGCCAAUCACCUGUAUAACAUCACUGCUGGAGAACGUGACAUCUUCCGCCCCGACUAUAUCAGCGGUGAUUUCGAUUCCAUUACUGCAGAGGUGCGAGCUUUCUAUGCCAACAAGGGGUCCCGGCUGAUAGAAACAAGUGACCAGGAUCUUACAGACUACACUAAGUGUCUGGUCAUCAUGGUGGAGGAGAUUCAACAAAGGAAUUUGCAGGUGGAUGCCAUCGUGACACUGGGCGGGUUGGGGGGCAGAUUUGACCAGAUGAUGGCUACUGUUGAGACCCUCCAUCACGCUCUGUCUAUGACACAACUCCCACUGUUAGUCAUCCAGGAGACAAACCUGGCCUAUCUACUCAAACCUGGAAACCACAUACUCAGGGUGAACACUGGCCUGGAGGGGGAUUGGUGCAGCCUUAUUCCAGUUGGGGGACCCUGCCAAACAACCACAACAGGACUUAAAUGGAACCUGAAUAACCGGGUUCUGCAGUUCGGGAAGCUGGUGAGCACCUCCAACACCUACGAGUCGACUUCCCCCGGACAACCCAGGAAGUGUGUGACAGUCAGCACAGAUCAGCCGCUGCUUUGGAGCAUGGGCAUCCUCAGAGGACUGCAGUGAACCAUGCAUCCAUUUUCUACAGCACUUGUCCUCGAUUAGGGUUGCAGAUGAACUGAAGCCUAUCCCAGCUGACGUUGAACGAGAGGCGAGGUACACCCUUGACUGAUUGGCAGCCAAUAACAGGACCGCAAUGUUGGGGAACAGUAACAUCAAUACCUUCAUUUUAUGCCCAACUAUCUUUUUUUUUUUUGAGAGAGAUUUUGUGACAAAGUAAAAGAGUGUCUUUUUUUAAUUCAUGUCUAGUUGUUGUUUUUAGUUGUGUUAAUCUUGAGCUGACCAACUUUGUGGAAACCUCUCUUUGUUUUAAUAUAGCUGACUGCAACCCUCAUACCCUUCUGUGGAAACAAGGUAUUAACUCACCAUCCAUCAUCUAUACCGCUUGUCCUCAUACGGUCACAGGCGAGGCGAGUAAACCCACAAACACAGGGAGAACAUGCAAACUCCAGACAAGAGAGCCUGACCUGAGAUUUCACAACUCUGAUGCAGAUGUGGUAACCACUACUCCAAUGUGCUGCCUGAACGAAUGAUAUUAAUUUAACAAUAGCCUCAGAAGCUUUGUGAUUAGUUCUUUUGUGCUCCCCUUCCAACAGUUUUAAAGUAAUUAGAUUGAGAAAUGCACUCCAUCUUACCUAAAUAAUUAACUACACAAAAGGCAAAAUAUAAAGGCCUCGUAAAAAUACACAGCCACUGCCGAGUAUUCAGAAGAGCUUACACAUUGAAUUUAAAAGGAAAAUCAUUGGUUUGUUUUAUUUACACAGUGAAAGAAAUGUCAAUAGCAUGUAAAAGUGUCAUCCCUUCAGUACCCCCCCAUUAGAACUUUGCACGGCCGUCUUCUGGUCCUGGAUGUUAAGGGAGUUUAACCACCACUGCAAGACAAAAAUGAGAACAAUGUUAUUCUUUGCACAUGCAGUUGGAUGUGAGAGCUAUUGCUAGUUUUUAUUUGGUCUUAGCUUGAAAAUGAGGCAUUACCGGCUUUUAUACUAUGUGACAAAAAUGGUAAACGGAUUGCAAAUAGAGGAAGUGCUGUCAUGUUAGUUACAUUUAGAUAGUUUCUGAUGACAACAGUGUGUAGCACAGUGAUUCCCGACCACCGUGUCGAGGCACAUUAGUGCACAAGAAAUUAUCAGUUUUCUUAAUUGGUCCAAAAUGAUUGAUUUACGACAAAUAUUGUAUCUUUGUUCAACUAUCUAUUCCAGCAAAAAGAGGCUGCACAAUUACAUGGUCUUCCACUAGAUGGCAGAAGGUACAUAACAUCCAUUUUUUGUGACAUUUUUGCUUGGUGGUGUUCCUUCCCUUGAGAUGUUUUUUCUCAUGUAAAAUAUGUGCUUUGCCUCAAUAAUGGUUGGUAAUCACUGUGAUUCACACUGUCGUCAUCACCAGCUUUAAUUGUAUCUAACACCACAGUACUUGCUUUAUUUGCAAUCUGUUUACCAUUUUUGUUACAUAGUAUAAAAGCCAGUCAUGCCUAAUUUGCCAGGCCAAACAAAAACUUAUUAUAGCAUAAUACAGUUUGUUUUCCUUCGUGCAUUAGAUGAGAUUUAAUCAUGACAAAUACUGAACGCCUUAAAGACUGAUUUGUUGCAAUAACUUACACAAUGAUGUUGUUGAUGGGGAUGUGGAUCAGUUUAACAAAGAAUCCAAUAAAUCCCAUGAUGGCGAACCCAAUCGCUGUGGCCAUUGCAAUUUUCUGGAAUUCUGUGAAGGUGAGCAGAAAUAUUCCCAAUUAAAUCCACCAGCGACACACGAUCGGGUCGGGCAACAAUCGAAAACUGUACAGACCUUUUCUAUCGGGUUUAGUGCAUCUCUUUACCAGCCUUAUGGAGUCUUUGACGAACUGCCGACUGGGCUCAACAAACUGCAUUACCUGGUCCAUGUUAGCUGAAGAUUGAGAGCAUCGCAAGAAACAGUUAGUUAGCUACAAGCUAACUCACCGCGAUGCAAUGCUGACGUUGACUUUAUCCUGACACUUCAUUAAAAGAAUAAUAAUAAUAAUACGUCAAUUCCAUCGCUUUGUAUUUCAGUGGUUUGUAAACCUUUAGGAGAAAACCUAUUGCGUUAAGCUAAUUAACACGUAUUGGCUUGUGUGGCAUGAUGAAGAAAAGCUAUAAUAUGGACGUGAGAUUAAAAAAAAAUAUAUAUAUAUAUAUAUAAAUUCCUAACAUAAAACAGAUGUUGUUGCUUUCACCUGCUUUUUGAUGUAAAAAUAUUAGAGUUUCGGAGUUCAUACCUUGUCCGAGGUCGUGUUUGUUGAGAAGAGGAGUGAAGCCACGUCGCUCGGUUGAUAUGCGACAAGACUGACGUGUACUUUACACACGCAUGCGCAACGAUGCUUUCUUGUCCAGUGUGACUUUUGGUUCACACUGACACCUAGCGGCUGGGAGAAGUUUCUAGGAACACGAGUUUGAUCUGUCUUGGUCCAAAGAAAAACACUUCUUAAUGCAUGUGAAUAAAUUAUUCUUCUUUUGAGCAUUAUUUUCUUCUUCCUGAAUAUUAUUUUUGAUUAUGUUUUCUGCACCGGUUGUGUGGUGUUCGUAGCCUUCAAGGGCGUUUCUAGGAUCAGUGGUUUAGGGGUGCUCUCACUGUUUUGUACAUUUUCAACGCAAUUUCUAUAAAACAGAAGCAUGACACUUUUUGAGGUCUGUGACUAAACAAUCAAAUCUUAUAGAUCUCGAGACACAGCAAAAUAGGAGAGAUUGGAUUUAUAAAUCCAACAUAUUGUAACCCUACUAAAAUGACGCAUUUUGAUCAGCAGCAUCUCUUUAACAUAUGAUGUAUUUUUGUUGUUAAACUAUUACAUUUUUACCAAGUACUGUAUCAUUAUGCACUUUUCCAGCUCGUUUAAAAAGAAAAUA